CCAGUGUCAUGUUCUACCUGGCAGCCGCCGUGUCCGAUUUCUACAUUCCGGCCUCUGAGAUGCCUGAGCACAAGAUCCAGUCCUCGGAGGGGCCCCUGCAGAUCACAAUGAAGAUGGUGCCAAAAAUGCUGUCCCCCCUGGUCAGAGACUGGGCCCCUGAGGCCUUUGUGAUUUCCUUCAAGCUGGAGACGGAUCCCCAGAUCCUGAUCGACAAGUCCCGGCAGGCUCUGGAGAAGUACCGGCACCAGGUGGUGGUGGCCAACGUCCUGGAAUCCCGCAGGACCUCCGUCAUCAUCGUCACCAGCGACUCACAGACCCCCCUGUCCCUCUCUGAGGAGGAACUAGCACAGGGCAUGGAGAUAGAGGAGAAAAUUGUGAGUUACCUGCAGGGGCAGCACACGGCCUUCAUAGAGAGGAAAGGCUGAGGAGCAGCUGGGAAUUGUGCUGGAGAGGAACUGGAAUGAUUCCCUGGAGUGAUUGCCUGUCCAGGUAAAUAAACCAAACCUCCAGGAUGCUCUGGAGGCCCAUCCAAAACUGUGUCACUUCUCCACAGCUUGGCCACGAUCUGUCGUGGCUUCGGGAAAGAGAAAUACACGGAAGUGAAACCCUUCCAAGGGAGGUUUCUUCUGGUGUCCAGAGCAGGAAAGGAUUUGGUUUCUGUCCCCUGGUGGGAGGAGAAUGGUGCAGGUGUCUAUAUAAUAUAAAGAACUUCUUGAAUCUC